AUGAGAGACACCUAUGAUGAAGAGAAGGGCGGCGAGGAGAUUGAAGAGAAAAAGAAGUUGGAAGUUCAGAACGGACCAGAUCCUAAACAUCCGUACGUAAGAAGACGGCUGGGUUGUCCUUGUCCAGCUCUGGCUACGAUGAUCAAUCAUUCCUAUAUUAUUGAUAUGUUAAAAACUCAUGGUGUUCUAGAACACGAUGCUAGUAUCAGUAGAUGGGAUGCUGGUGAAGGAGAUGCGCUCAACCCAGACCCACAAUUAGUCUCAAACUUUCUCGAUUCCAUUGAUUACCCAGAUCAUGUUGCACAACAGGAUAAGAUGAUCACCCUUGAUGAUUAUGCUCUAAGAAGAAGUAUCCUUGAAAAGGAUAUCAUCGAUAAUCGUCCUCAUCAAUCAAUGACCAAACUUCAUAUGCUUGGAAUUGGUGAAGCUGUUUUGGCCGUCAAGGUUUUCGAGGAUCAAAGAUCGAUUCUAGCCGCCGAACCAGCCAUUUGCGCUCGCUCUGAAUGGCUAAGAGAAUGGUAA